UCUGGCCCAGCUGCUGCGGUACUUCUGAGGCGGCACGAGGACGCAAGCAGGCCUGGAGCUCGAAUCGGUGGAGCCCGCCCUCCCCAGCGGCGUCACUCAUCCUUCUGUUCCCAGCCUUCAUCCAUAACAAACCGUUUCUUGAACGGCAUCGUCGGAUUAUUGUCUUGAUAACCCUCGAUAACCUAACGCAGCUACUUCCUAAAUCUAUAACGACUAUCGAUACAUCGGCACGAUGAAGACCAACGUGAUUAUCGCUGCCGCCCUUGCCGGCUCCGCCCAGGCUGCCGUGCACAAGAUGAAGCUCCAGAAGAUCUCGCUCGAGGAGCAACUGGCCGGCUCGUCUGUUGAAGCCCAAGUUCACCAGCUCGGACAGAAGUACCUCGGUGCUCGCCCCGAAGGCCGCAUCGACCUGAUGUUUAACGGCAAGCCGCCCAAGGCUGAGGGAGGUCACCCUGUCCCUGUCAGCAACUUCAUGAACGCCCAGUACUUCUCCGAGAUCACCAUUGGAAACCCACCUCAGUCUUUCAAGGUUGUCUUGGACACUGGUAGCUCCAACCUCUGGGUCCCCUCCCAGUCUUGCAGCAGUAUUGCGUGCUACCUUCACUCUACAUACGACUCCUCGUCAUCCUCCACAUACAAGAAGAACGGAACGGAGUUCGCUAUCCAGUAUGGUAGCGGAAGUUUGGAGGGCUUUGUUUCCAAGGACGAUGUCAGCAUUGGUGAUAUUACCAUCAAGGGACAGGAUUUCGCUGAAGCUACCAACGAGCCUGGACUGGCUUUUGCUUUUGGCCGCUUUGACGGUAUUCUUGGUCUUGGCUAUGACACAAUUUCCGUGAACCACAUCGUUCCUCCUUUCUACCAGAUGGUUCAACAAAAGCUCAUUGACGAGCCCGUCUUCGCCUUUUACCUCGGCAGCUCUGAAGAAGGCAGCGAGGCUGUCUUCGGAGGCAUUGACGAAAAGCACUACGAAGGCAAGAUUGAAUACAUCCCUCUUCGCCGUAAGGCUUACUGGGAAGUUGACAUUGACUCCAUUGCCUUCGGCGAUGAAGUCGCUGAGCUUGAGAACACUGGUGCUAUUCUUGACACUGGUACCUCGCUCACUGUCUUGCCCAGUGACCUUGCUGACCUCCUGAACAAGGAGAUGGGUGCUAAGAAGGGUUUCGGCGGCCAGUGGACUAUCGACUGUGCCAAGCGUAGCUCUCUCCCUGACAUUACUUUCGAUUUGGCUGGUUCCAAGUACAGCCUGCCUGCUACAGACUACAUCCUUGAGGUCUCCGGCAGCUGUAUUUCAACCUUCCAGGGUAUGGAUAUUCCCGCCCCUGCUGGGCCCCUCGUCAUUCUCGGAGAUGCUUUCCUCCGCCGCUACUACUCUGUUUAUGAUCUCGGCAAGAAUGCUGUUGGUCUUGCCCGUGCUAAGUAAAGAGUGGUAACGAAGGACUUUGCAACAUGAAUAUUUGUGAUUCCUUAGUCUCACAAGAGAAUCAUUGGAUCACCAGUUUGUAGUUAAAUACAGUUAUCGAGUUUUAAGCAGUAACCUUGGUCACCGUUCGUCGUGCUGAUUGAAAUACCUUGCUUUUAUAGUUGGUCGAAACGGAGUUGUAGCUAUGUGUCUGAUGCGUAGUUGCAUGUGUAUGGUGUUUCAGAUGCCAGUCAUGAUGUAUUGCAUAUUACAGUUUGGAAAUAUUAAAUUAUCAUGAACAAAGCCACAAAGACGCUGAUUUAUGUUUUUAUU